AUGCCUGGAAAGUAUACUGUCAAGCAGGCCCCGGCUGGGGCGAACGCGGGGCGGACCAGGGCGCGGGCCGGGGGUUCCCUCUCAGGCCCCACCCGAGGCACUCGGCCGGCAGUGGCGCUGGCAGAACUUUCCCGGAGCCGCUUCGUGCAGCUGCGCGGUCCCCGGGACGCCGAGCCAGAAGGAGGCCAAACCCCCACGCCGGAGAAGGGGCGGGCGCGGCGGGGCGCGGGGCGCAGGGCGCACAGCGCAGGGCGCAGACCGGAGGACAAGCGGGGGCGCCGGGGCUUGGCUCGGCGGGGAGGAGGGCGGCGGAGCAGCUCCAGCCGUGCCCAGCCCAGCCCGGCCCAGCCCGGCCCCGGAGCCGCUAGCGCGCGCCGCUGCCGCAGUACCCAGGUGCAGCGGGCGGGCGGCGGCCGAGGGGCGGGCUGGCCCCGGAGCUUCCAGCCCCGGUCACGGUCACGGUCGCGGGCGGGCUUGUGGAACGCCGAGCACCUGGGAAGGUGCCCGGGGGCGGGGGGAAGACUCGGGAAGAAACUUUCCAGCGGAUUCUCUUCCCCCCCGGGGAGCUGCUGCAGAGCACCCGGACCUGGCCGCGCUGGGGUCUGUGUGGCUGCGGCUGCGGCUGCUGCGCUCCGACAGGCAAGUGCCUUUAGCCAGGAGCCUCCGGGGCCACGGUUAAUAGAGGCUGUUGAUGGAAUUGAACUUGGAAGAAUCCCUGUGUUAGGAUACAUCUCAAGGUGCUUUCUCAAAACUUCAACCGAAGUGGUUUUUAAAGUGAGUGAACCAUAGUUCUCCAGACCUCCUUCACUCUCCUCUCAAUUUCCUGCCAAACCCUGGUGCAUUGAUUGCAAGAAAGCCU